CCAACUAAGUUUGCUAUUAGUACCAGCUUUUAGUAAGAACAGUGCUAGUUGUGGAGAGUUUUAGAAGGAUGUUGGAAAAGAAGGUCUGAAAAUAGAAGUUGUACAGUCAAGGUAAAAACAACAUCCAACUGGAAGGUGAUACGAGAAAGAUUCCGUUUCAAAAUUCUAAAAAGACAAGCUAUUGGAAAGACCCAUAAUGGGAGUUUAAUAAAYGUGUUGUGAAUGUAAUGAGACAAUGUGGCUAAAGCUUGAGUGAUUCCUUGGCUUAGGAUGGGGAAAAAAAGAUGAAUAAAUGGAAGUUUAUGAGUGCAUUCUUGAUCCCAUGCAACAUUUUAGAGUAAAUUUUAGAGGGACUGUGACCAAAGAAAUAAGGAAGAAUGUGAAUAAUGUGAGCUUGAUCUAGUGAAAUGUGUUCCAUCUGCAGCAAGGGGAUUGGAACUAAAUGAAGUCUUGUCCAGCCCAGGCCAUUCCAUGAUUUGAACCAUGACAAGAGCUCUUUAUUGUGACCUUGCUGCAGAAGAAAACACAUUGUGUAACUGCACUUGCUUGUCUGACUGGCUAGGUGUAUUAAUUGUUGACUGAUGACAAGCUCAGAUGUAGAUGUGCAGUAUGUUGCAACUCCAAAAGAUACAAUCCUUGCAUGUGUUAAGAAAGAAAAGAUGCACCAGUCAUGAGGGCUUGUUACUUGCCAUGUACAAAUGGACCAGGUACAGACGUUUCUAGUCUGCUGUACCAGAGAGUAAUGGAAACUGGGCACGGAAAUGACUGGUGAAGGUAGACUGUUUCUUAUGAGAUGUUUUUAGAGUAGCCUGUCUUGUUUAAUGAAAAGGUAACAAAAGUGAAGACAGGGAGGUAGUAUUACUGCAGUCUGUCAGGGCCUGUUUACAGUUUAGGGGAACACUGCAAAGUAGCCAUUGAUACCAUUAGCUACAUAAGUAUUAAAGCAAAUCUGUCUAUUUUGUAUCAUGUGUGUGAUUUGGGGUUAUAUCAACAUAAAAGAUUAGUUUUCAGAAGAAAACUUAAAUAGCCUUAAAAAAAUCCAUGAAAAAUGUUUGAUUUGCUUCAAAACUCCAUAAUAAUUUGUAAUUUAAAUUCAGUUAUUGCAACACAACUGUAUGCUUUGCUCAAGAGAAGCAAAACUUGUUUUGCUGGUAGGUGUGGCUUUGUUACUGACAUUCAAAGGGCACCAGCUAUCUGCAAUAAAAUGUACCAGGAAGUGUCUUAGAUGCGGCAGUAUAAAGGACAAGGACAGAGAAAUUUACGUCCAUGCUUAGAUCCAUACAAAAUGAUGUGUGCAGGGAAAAAAUCAUACUUUGCUGCUGCUGUGUGCAUUCUUACUGUAACCUCAUUGCUCACAGUUUCUUAUCUAAAGUUACAGAUACUUUCCCAUUACCCAAAAGUAAUUCAAGAAGGUAGAAGAUGUAGAGGGGAAAUUGCCAAUAGCACAAUAACAGCAUUAAAAGGUAACAAAACUUUUAUUAUAUCCCCAUACUUUGAUGACAGAGAAAGCAAAGUCACUCGUCUGAUUGGAAUUGUUCACCAUGAAGAUGUAAAACAACUGUACUGCUGGUUCUGCUGUCAGCCCAGUGGAAAGAUCUAUGUAUCAAAAGCAAAAAUCGAUGUUCAUUCAGAUAGAUUUGGAUUCCCUUAUGGUGCAGCAGAUAUAGUUUGUUUGGAACCUGAAAACUGUGAUCCAAAUCAUGUAUCGGUUCAUCAAUCUCCACAUGGAAAUAUUGACCAGCUGCCAAGGUUUGAAAUUAAAAACCGCAAGGCUGAGACCUUUUCUGUUGACUUCACUGUGUGCAUCUCUGCCAUGUUUGGAAACUACAACAAUGUCUUGCAGUUUAUACAGAGUAUGGAAAUGUACAAGAUACUUGGAGUACAGAAAGUGGUGAUCUAUAAGAACAACUGCAGCCAUCUGAUGGAGAAAGUUUUGAAGUUUUAUAUAGAAGAAGGAACUGUCGAGAUAAUUCCCUGGCCAAUAAACUCACACCUCAAGGUUUCUUCUGAAUGGCGCUUCAUGCAAGAUGGAACACACAUUGGCUACUAUGGACAAAUCACAGCUUUAAAUGACUGUAUAUACCGUAACAUGGAAAGGAGCAAGUUUGUGGUUCUUAAUGAUGCUGAUGAAAUAAUUCUUCCCCUUAAGCACCCAGACUGGAAAACAAUGAUGAACAGUCUUCAGGAAAAAAACCCAGGGACUAGUGUUUUCCUCUUUGAGAACCAUAUCUUCCCUGAAACUGUAUCUACUCCCAUGUUCAACAUUUCAUUUUGGAAUACUGUGCCAGGUGUUAACAUAUUACAGCAUGUGUACAGAGAGCCUGACAGGAAAGAUGUAAUCAAUCCCAGGAAAAUGAUAGUUGAUCCACGAAAGGUGAUUCAGACUUCGGUGCAUUCUGUCCUACGUGCUUAUGGGAACAGUGUGAAUGUUCCCAUGGAUGUUGCCCUCGUUUAUCACUGUCGGAAGGCCCUUCAAAGUGACCUUCCCAGGCAAUCCCUYAUCAGGGAUACAACACUGUGGAGAUACAAUUCAUCAUUAAUAAUGAAUGUUAACAAGGUGCUAUCUCAAACCAAGCUCAAAAGUGAAACCACGUUUCCCUGA